AUGUCACUCUUUUUCUUUCAAUGCAAAAAAAAUAAUGGAACUAUUGGUUGUCAAUAUGUAAAUACUGAACAGAUAAUUUAUCUAGAUUGUUGGCAACAAAAAGAAAGAAGAAUCAUGGUUGUGGAUUCUUCUAAAUCUGAUUCCAUAUCAAGUCUUGUGCGAGCAGUUCUUGUAAAAGCUUGGCGUGAGCGCUGGAAUGAAAUACGAUGGGGAGUUUGUUUGAAAAGAGUUCUUGCUAGUUGUCCUGAAGAAAACUGUGAUCUUGCAGAAAUCCUUUUACAGCAAGCUUUAGUUGGAACCAGUCCCAACACUUUGGUUAUGUCUUAUUUAAGACAUGCAGUCAGCUCACAGUUAAUUCCUCAUAAUGUGGCAUACAAAAAUGUUACAAAAUUUGAAGAUUUUAAUCGUCCAUAUUGCAUCCUUGGAUUAGUGGAAUUAGUAGAAAGUGUUACAGUGAAAUUUAGUUUUGCUUGCUGUGCUGAUUCACCACUAGUUCUGUCCCGUUCUAUUCAAAAACUGCUGCAUUGGUUAUUGUUAUGUAUCCUGAAAUCACUACAGAGGCUGGCAGAAGGACGGCAAACGCAGGAACAUGGUGCUAUUAUUGAUAAAACUUGCACUGCAAUCCAGAAAAUUAUGCAGGGAGGUCCUAUAUGGGCUUUGCUUUAUAUUGCUCGCUCAGAAGAUACAGAGACUUAUCGAGAUUAUGAACAAACAGAAGUCAAUGUUCGUGGUACAGUGACACAAUUACAGCAGAAUGUGAUAUCAACACAACAGAGAGAGAAAGUGAUUGAAACUCUUAGAGUUCUUGGCAGCCAAGAGAUGCAGCAUUCCUCUGACAAACCAGUCCUGGAAGUGUCUCACUUAACUGUAUGUCCUACAGUUAAUGCACUAGUGGCUCUGGAAGCCGUGUUGAAUCCCACUAAUGAUGUCCAACCUUUCUUAGAGCAACUUCUUGUGAUUGAAAAAUUGGCUAAACUGAAUCGUGCUAAGCUGUAUUGUGAAUUGAUGCGGGCUUGUUUUAUGGGCUUGAUUGAUUCAAAUGGAGGCCAAGAAGAACUAAAAUGGGCUGCAUUCACUUUUUUAAAGCUCCCUCAAGUCCUGCUACGUAUUCAACGCCAGUCACCAGGUCAAGAUUUUACUCAUGAACUUGAAAUGGGAUUUGACAGAUUGCUUAAUUAUGUCCCACUUUUAGAUGUGACUGAUUUGCGCUUAAAUUGUGAUUGUGUCUCAUUCCUGUUAAAAGAAUGUCAAAAAUAUACACUAAUUACAGAAAAUCAAGGAUCAAAAUUACAACAACGAAGAAUUUUAGAAACCCAGAAACCGCGAUCUUCAGAAGCAGUUUCCAAUACCCAGCCUAGUGUUAGCUUGAUUUUACGAGCUGAGCCUACAGUUACAAGUAUUCUUAAGUUUACUGGUUCCCCUCAUAAUAUGGCGACUGUAGAAGAUGUGCAUUCAGUAAUUGGUCAUCUUUUUUUCUUUUCUUUUUCUUUUUUUCUUUUUUUCUUUUCUUUCUUCUUUCUUUUCUUUCUUCUUUCUUUUCUUUCUUCUUUCUUUUCUUUCUUCUUUCUUUUCUUUCUUCUUUCUUUUCUUUCUUCUUUCUUUUCUUUCUUCUUUCUUUUCUUUUUCUUUCUUUUCUUUCUUCUUUCUUUUCUUUCUUCUUUCUUUUCUUUUUUUCUUUUUUUUUCUUUCUUUCUUUCUUUCUUUCUUUUCUUUCUUUUUUUUUUUUCUUUUUUCUUUCUUUUUUUUUUUCUUUCUUUCUUUUCUUUUUCUUUCUUUUCUUUCUUUUUUCUUUUUCUUUUUCUUUCUUUUCUUUUUCUUUUUUUUCUUUUUUUUCUUUUUUUUUUUCUUUUUUUUUUUUUUUUUUUUUUUUUUCUUUUUUUUUUUCUUUUUCUUUCUUUUUUUUUUCUUUUCUUUCUUUUUUUUCUUUCUUUUUUUUCUUUCUUUUUUUUUCUUUUCUUUCUUUUUUUUUCUUUUCUUUCUUUUUUUUUCUUUUCUUUUCUUUCUUUUUUUUUCUUUUCUUUUCUUUUUUUUUUUUUUUUUAACUAA